AUGGACGCAUCCACCCAGUUUCAUGGGUCGGUCAACGGUCAAUACACCAUCGCGGCCCCACACGCGUCCCACGGCGGAUCGAACAACUUCUACUUCAACGGACCCGACACACCGUCGCCGGCUCCUAAACCCUACCGCGUCAUCCCCUUCCCCCGCAACGAGGAUGUCGUCCGUCGGUCGGACCUCUUCGCCAAGCUCGACGCACUCCUUCCAUCGACGCCGAAAUAUGGCAGCGCCGCCCUCUGGGGUCUUGGUGGGUCGGGCAAAACCCAGAUCGCGCUCGAGUACGCGUACCGCCGAUGCAGCGACCCUGCCUGCUCCGUCUUCUGGGUCCACGCCGAUAACGAGACGACGCUCGCGCACGACUACAAGACGAUCGCGAGGAAGCUCGGCCUGGACAGCAAGCUCGAUGGUGAAGAUCUGUUCGUGGUCGUGCGCGAGCGCAUCGAGUCAGAGCCGCGAUGGUUGCUCGUCCUUGACAACGCCGACGACCUGGCGCUCUUUGGCGUCGGCCAGACGUCAGACAAGUCAGCAAGCCUGUUGGACUACGUCCCGCGAGGUCCUACGGGAAUGGUCCUCUGGACGAGCCGCGAUGAACGGAUCGCUGGCACCCUUGUUGGACCGCGGCGAGGCAUCGGGGUCGCCCGUAUGACAGUCGACGAGGCAAAGGUGCUGCUCGAGACGGCGAGAAACGAAAGGACCAGGAGCGAAGAGCUCGAGGAUGCCACGGCUUUGCUCGAGGAGCUUCAGUGGCUCCCCCUGGCUAUCUCUCAAGCAGGAGCGUAUAUGCGGCGGACGUCGACACCUAUCAAGGAGUACUUGUCGAGACUGGUCGAGGGAAAAGAGCGAUGGCGCAUCCUGAAAGAGACAGAAUUCGACAGACACCGACGACUCGAUAUACCUAAUAGCAUCCUGGAAACGUGGCAUAUCUCGAUCGAUCGUAUUCGGCAGGAGAACGAGAUAGCAUACAAGACCUUGCAUAUUAUCGCGUAUCUCGAUAACCAGAAUAUCCCGUUGGAGGUAAUAGCGGCGGCUGCUAUAUUUAGCAAUAAUAGGCAGAAGGGAGGACUGCCUGAGAACGAGCAGCAGGUGGAUAGAGCUAUUAUUCGGCUCAAGGAGUUCUCAUUUAUUACUGCACACAGAACAGAAGAGGGUAAACGGAGCUUUGAAAUGCACAAGCUUGUGCAGGAGGCUACUCGGUAUGGCCUCAACUCAAGGAGGCUCUUAGAAAGAAAGCCAACGAAGCCAAAGUCGAGACUACGGGAGAUAAUAGGAAUAUCUUUCCGAAAGCAGCGUGAUGCCAAGAAGGGUGGCUGGGAGGAUGGAGCCGAAGUAUACUUCUCAAAUGCUGCACUACAGGUCAUUACAAAGCUCUUCCCUGAACGCAAGCGAGAGAUGUGGGCACAAUGCGAGACGUUCUUGACGCAUGCGGUGCGGGUGAGCGAUUGGGCGGAGCUGUGUGGGAGGGAAGUUGAAGUAACUAACCUUCUAACUCGAGUUUCGGACUAUCUAUUCGACCGCGGAAGGUGGAGAGAGAAGGAGCGGGUGGAUGUGAGGGCGUUUGCGCUGCGACGGGGGGUGCUCGGGGAGAAGCAUCCAGAUACAAUUCGGAGCAUGGGGGAGCUCGCGACGACAUACCAUGCGCAGGGCCGGUAUGACGAAGCCGAGGAGAUCUCGGUCAAGGUAUUGGAGCUACGGCGGGAGGUUCUCGGAGAGAAGCAUCCAGAUACAAUCGAGAGCAUGGGGUCACUCGCGACGACAUACCAUGCGCAGGGCCGGUACGACGAGGACGAGGAGAUCUCGGUCAAGGUGUUGGAGCUACAGCGGGCGGUACUCGGGGAGAAGCAUCCGGAUACAAUCCGGAGCAUGGGGUCACUCGCAGCGACAUACCAUACACAGGGCCGGUACGACGAGGACGAGGAGAUCUCGGUCAAGGUGUUGGAGCUACAGCGAGCGGUACUCGGGGAGAAGCAUCCGGAUACAAUCCGGAGCAUGGGGUCACUCGCGACGACAUACCAUGCGCAGGGCCGGUACGACGAGGCCGAGGAGAUCUCGGUUAAGGUGUUGGAGCUACAGCGGGAGGUUCUCGGGGAGAAGCAUCCAGAUACGAUCCGGAGUAUGGGGGAGCUCGCGGCGACAUACCAUAACCAGGGCCGGUACGACGAGGCCGAGGAGAUCUCGGUCAAGGUGUUGGAGCUACAGCGGGAGGUUCUCGGGGAGAAGCAUCCAGAUACGAUCCGGAGUAUGAGGUUACUCGCGACGAUAUACCAUACGCAGGGCCGGUACGACGAGGACGAGGAGAUCUCGGUCAAGGUGUUGGAGCUACGGCGGGCGGUGCUCGGGGAGAAGCAUCCCGACACUCUCGAAGCCAUGCAUGACCUUGCUGUUACUUGGAAAAGCCAAGACCGGGGCGAUGACGCUAUUGCGUUGAUAAAGCAAUGCUCGCAAUUGAGACGUAAAAUCCUGGGGCCGGACCACCCCUUCACGAAGCGGUCUGGUCGAGCUCUUGAACGCUGGAAGACUGAGCAAGUUGGGUUGCGACGUAUUGGCGAUGGCUUGAGCACUUAA